AUGCCUGCCACGAACGAUCCCAGCGACAACGCACAUUACCUCACUGGAUGGAGACUCGGCAUCGUGAUUACCUGUUUAUUCUUUGGGUCUUUCCUCAUUGCGUUGGAUACCAAUAUCAUCAAUGUUGCUCUGCCGCAAAUAUCCUCCGAUUUCCGAGCUUUGGACGAUGUGGCCUGGUAUGGGACCGGCUAUUUGCUUACGGUGACCGCAUUUCAGCCAGUCUAUGGAUGCUUCUAUCGUCUUUUCCCCACAGAUAUUGUCUAUCGCCUGUCUAUAAUCAUCUUUGAGGUGGGCACAAUUCUGUGCGCAGCAGCCAACUCAUCGCCCAUGUUUAUUGUGGGUCGCGCCGUCGCUGGCCUUGGGGCCGCUGGCGUGUUACAGGGUGCUCUUAGCAUCAUUGGACAGGUGGUGCAGCUGGAGAAGCGACCGCUGUACAUGGGAAUUGUCAUUAGCGUGUUUGUCAUAACGGUCUGUGUUGGACCCCCGCUGGGUGGAGCAUUCACUCAACACGCCACAUGGCGAUGGUGUUUCUGGAUCAACCUGCCAUUCGGUGCCGUUGUCCUUGGCGGGCUGACCCUCUUUCUCCGAAUCAAAGGUCAGGCAACCAAGGAUCGACAAUUACCGCUGCGCGCAAAGCUGGGCAGCAUGGAUUUCCUUGGUUGUGCCCUCUUCCUCGCUGCAGUUUGUUGCUUACUCUUAGCCUUACAAUGGGGUGGUCAGACUAAACCCUGGUCCUCUUCUACCGUGAUUGGUCUGCUCGUCGGCUCAGCUGCCUUAGCUCUGGUCUUCAUUUUCAUCCAGUGGAAGCGUCAGGAGCGGGCCCUCAUCACCCUGAGGGUUUUCUGCCGCCGGAGCGUCUUCACCAGUGCCAUGGUUUUAUUCUUUCUUGGUGGAUCCACUUAUCUGGAUACGUAUUUCCUGCCGUUCUAUUUUGAGGCCGUGCACGGAAUAAGUCCCGUCUCCAGCGGGGUCAACUUCAUCCCCCUGAUGCUAACAGAGAUGGUUGCAUUGGUCAUUAUCGGGGCUGUGGUCAAACAAUGGGGUCAUUAUGUCCCCUACAUCCUUGCCGGCGACCUGAUCUGCAUCGUGGGAACGGCCCUCCUGACGCAGUUACACCCGCACACCCGCACGGUACAAUGGGCGGCUUAUCUGGUCGUCACUGGCCUUGGCCUGGGACUAGCCAUGCAGCUCCCCUACACUGCCAUACAAGUAACCCUUUCUGCAGAAGACCUUGCAAUGGGUAAUGCCAUCGCCGUCCUCUUUUACCAAUUAGGCGGAGCCAUCUCCAUCGCCAUGGGCCAGACUGUGGUUCUCAGCACCCUCACAGAAAAGCUCAAUGGCCAAAUUCCCGGGCUGACUAGCAACGACGUCUUCGAGGCUGGCGCCGCUAAUCUAAAGGCCUUAGCGCCGACGGCAGCAGAUCUAGCGUUUCUGCGCGAUAUCUGGAAUGAGGGAAUUUCGCGCACUAUGAUCUUGUCGGUUGCGCUUGUGGCAGCCGCGGUGCCGUUCACUUUGGGGAUGGAGUGGUUGGAUGCGAAACGGGUGGCUAGAGAUAGGCAGGCGGAGGAGGAGGGGCAGAGGGAGAUUGUAAAGCAGGAGGUGGGGGUUACUGAGGUUGAGAAGGGGUCGUCGGUGUGA